AUGGAGGAGGUGAAGUAUAUUGGCUACGAUGAUAAAGCCUCGAAGACGAGGGAAACUAACUCUCGUCAGUUAAAAAGAAAUUCGGCUCAACUGCACAAUUCGUACAGUGAAGACGAAACACAACCCAAGAAACGAAACGAGGGCCACAAGGGGCCCAAGGAGACUAGUUUUAUGCAAAUAAGGCCAUUCAAUGAAGCCGAAGAUUUGCUAUCUAUUGAUAAUAUUGAAAACGAUAUAUCGUCAGCCCAAAACACAAUGUAUGGUAAUAAGCUCCCACAGGAUGUGCUAGUUCACCCCAGCGACUCCACGCCCGAUACUUACGAUAAUGGAGCCAGUGAUAUUGAAAACCAUGGCAAAUAUGCACCCAUACGACAUCCGACAGACUCGAAUGCCAUCAAAAUGCUCGUACCCUCAAAACUUGAUUCAAUACAACUACAAAAGAAAAGACACAACUAUUUCUUGGAGAGAAUCGCCAUGCAGCAGGAUUGCGUAGAUUCAGAAGAUGAGAUAACGGAUAUUGCACCUGUCAGUCCAUUUGAAAUUGAUUCGUUGAUCGAUAAUGACUACAUUCUAAAUGACAAAGACAAACAAGAUUUGACCGAUAGAGCACAGUCCCCCAUCCCGAAAGCAGAAUCAUCCCUUAAUGAUUUAAAUACACCAGAGACCGCUUUCCCAGAUCAACUUACCAUGGCUGGCUCCAACAAGGAAGCGAAUGCUCCCAAUUCACUUGUUCCACUGAAAACAGUAAAGUCUACACAUAAAGGCGGCCUUCCGAACUAA